AUGGUCGUCCUGGGCCAUCUACUCAUCGAGGGCCCUGUCAAGGUCCUCAGACGGAAAUUGGAUAUGAUAACCCAGUGGAAAGCUUGGGCAGCCGAACUUGAACCGGCCGAGGCUGAACUGCACAAAUCCUUGGCCCCUUCUGUUGCCGAAGUGGUCAAGGGGAAGCGCCUGCUCCUCCUUGAUCGCAUAGCCAAAUCCUUGCAAUGGCCUGACACCCGCUUGCAUCAGGAUAUGACCAGUGGUUUCAAGAUCGUGGGCGAGGAGUUCCCGAGCGGAAUUUUCCCCCUUGAGCCUCGACCAGCGACCCUCACGCCUGAGGAGUUGCUGGCUCAGUCUCGAUCAACCAAGCCCUUGAUCUGGGGACAGAUCAACGACUCUCCGCUGGAUGCGAACUCUCGCGAGCUUUUUGAAAUCACUGAGGCUGAAUACCGCGAGAAGGGAUGGCUUGAGCAACCACGCACUUGGGAGGAACUUGAGCUUUUGUUCGGGGAUUGGCUCCCGGCCAAAAGGUUUGGUGUGCGCCAACGCGACAAAUUGCGCCCCAUCGACGACUUAGCCGCCAACGGUGCAAACAGCGCAUUUGCCGCUUGUGACAAACUCACCUUGCGUGCCUUCGACGAGCUUGUUUGGUGUGCCACUUACUGCGAGUACUUGUGCAAAAAGGAGCCGUCCACCUUGUCCUCUCCUGUGGUCGGGAUCAAGACCGACCGCGCCCGCCCCUUGUUGAAAACUAUCGACUUGAAGGCGGCGUAUAAACAGCUACCGCUCCACCCGGAGCAUCGCAGGUUUUGUGUGGUCUUCUUGAAACAUCCGGACAGCAGUCAAGUGCGGGGCUACGCAUCAAGAGUCCUUCCCUUCGGGGCCUCGGGGAGUGUGACUUGCUUUAACAGGGUUGCACGCCUGAUUCUUCAGGAAGCCUGGAUCUUGAACUGUAACUAUUUUGAUGAUUUUCCGGUGUUGGAGUUAUCCGCCCUGUCGGGGAGCGCCGACUCCACAGCCCAUUGCAUACCUGACCUACUCGGCUUCGAGUGCUCUACCGAGAAGGAAGAGCCGUUCAAGAGCAGUGCCGACGUCUUGGGAGUCACGGUAGACCUCUCUUGUGAAGACUUGUCCGAGGUGCGUGUGCGCAACCGGGAGGUAAAGUGCUGCGAGGUGGCCGCCUCUGUCGAUGAGGUUCUUGAUAGGGGCGCCAUCCGGUCUGCGGAAAUCGCUUCCCUCUUCGGGAGGAUCCAGUUUCUUGAAGGGCAACUCAUGGGACGCAUGGGGCGACUGGCUUUGUCUGAGCUUCGCUCCCUUGGGACUUCCGGGGGAAUCCUCAAGCUUGGGGACUCAGAACGUCAUGCCUUCCAGAAUCUUCGUGAGCGUUUGCUUCAUGGGCCGCCCCGGGCGAUCUCCGCUCGCCCACCUGGGGCGAAUGUUAUUGUGUUUACAGGGGGCUUGCGAGCCGGAGGGUGGUAG